GUUCCGUGUUUGUAUCCAUUCAGUAGCUGGCUCUAGCUGGGCUGCGCAGACCUGAUUGAUCCGACAAAGGAGUCGCUAAUCUAGCAGGAGGGUGACGGUGCGCGGUGCCCACAUAGACAGCAGCACCGGGAGGAGGGGCUGCUUGCGGGGUACGUGCAGCCACCUUCACAGCCAUUGAGAUCUCUAAUUGGAUUGCCAUUCGCCGUCCAUAUGCACCCAAGCGGCUAGCAGCGCUCAUUCAGCCCUCCCAUUGACAAAAAACAAGCUGAGGAGGUGCGCCACCACACAAGCCCACAGCGAUCGGCGGGCCGCCUGCACAUGCUCCUGUAGCCAGGCUGAGGGAGAUUAAGCCCAGUGUCAUCCCCGAUCGCCUGGCCUCGUAUCCCCCCCGGUUUCUCAUCAAUGAUCGACAAGCUGAGACCCGUGCACCUGGCUUCAGACAUGGCGGUCAGCAAGUCGGUGGCCUGGCUUAACGAGCAGCUGGCGAUGGCCAACGACCGACUGCUGCUUAUGGACUGCAGACCACAGGAGUUGUACGAGUCGUCCCACAUCGAGGCGGCCAUCAACGUGGCCAUUCCGGGCAUCAUGCUCAGGAGGCUGAAGAAGGGCAACCUGCCCAUCCGCUCCCUGUUUACCCGUGGGGAGGACCGAGAGAAGUUCGCCAGGAGGUGCGGGACGGACACCGUGAUCCUGUACGACGAGAACAGCAGCGAGUGGAAUGAGAACACGGGUGGGGAGUCCGUGCUGGGGUUGCUCAUGAAGAGGCUCAAGGACGAGGGCUGCAAGGCUUUCUACCUGGAAGGAGGGUACAACAAAUUCCAGGCAGAGUACCCCGUACAUUGUGAGACAAACCUGGACAGUUCCUGCAGCAGUAGUUCCCCACCAGUGCUUGGUUUGGGUGGCCUUCGGAUCAGCUCGGAUUCUUCUUCUGAUAUCGAGUCUGACUUUGACCGAGAUCCGGUUAGUGCUACAGAUUCGGAUGGGAGUCCGCUUUCCAAUACGCAGCCUUCAUUCCCAGUUGAAAUCCUUCCUUACUUGUACCUUGGUUGUGCCAAGGAUUCUACAAACCUGGAUGUGUUAGAAGAGUUUGGCAUUAAGUACAUUCUAAAUGUGACUCCAAACUUGCCAAAUCUCUUUGAAAAUGCUGGGGAGUUCAGGUACAAACAGAUUCCCAUCUCGGACCACUGGAGCCAAAACCUGUCUCAGUUUUUCCCAGAGGCCAUCUCUUUCAUUGAUGAAGCCCGUGGCAAAAGUUGUGGCGUGUUGGUGCACUGCUUAGCCGGAAUCAGUCGCUCAGUCACAGUCACUGUGGCUUAUCUCAUGCAGAAGCUUAAUCUUUCCAUGAAUGAUGCAUAUGACAUUGUCAAGAUGAAGAAAUCCAACAUCUCGCCUAACUUUAACUUCAUGGGUCAACUUCUGGAUUUUGAAAGGACAUUGGGACUUAGCAGUCCAUGUGACAACCGAGUCCCGACUCAGCAAUUAUAUUUUACUACUCCAGGCAACCAAAAUGUGUUUCAGGUAGAUUCUUUGCAGUCCACGUGAAAAGUGAUUGCACAGUAUUGUUGGUGAUAAUCAUUCCUAGAAAGAAAUAUUUCUGUUGAUGGAUGGCAGGAGUUGGUUAAUGACAGUCCUAUGGGACUUGGUUCAUGAAGGUCCUGUUAGAAUUCAAAAAAGUUUAUUACUGUUGCAGAUGUAAUGUAAGAAAGAUGAUUAGCUAACCUCUCCAUGACGCUUGGAGAGGAACCUUAAAUGCCUUUGAAUGAUUUGGCAAACUCACAUGAGCAACACUCCCUUAGUGGUGCGGUGGCUUUUUGAGAUCCAAAAAAAGGCAGAGCUGGGCCUCGCGAAAAAAAAAAAUUCUGUAAGAUUCAGAAGAAUAUUGCCAUUGCUGUCUUCUGUGAAGACCGGUUCUCCUAACCUUCAGAGGAGCCAAAGAAACCUGUAAACUUCUGAUGCAUUUUGAAGUAAAUGAUUUUCCCUCUUUACAAAAGUACUGUAAAUAUCUUACAUGUAGCACUGUUUUUUUUUCCCCUUCCCCUUUAUAAGAGGAGUGGGCUGAAUUAUAGAAUUUUUUUUUUUUUCUCCAUAAUUCUUUAAAAAAAAAACAUUUUGUAGCAUAUUAAUACAUGUAUUUGUGUAAAAGGGUUGUGUACUUUAAUGCACAAAAGUACAAAUAUCCCUUUUAAAAGUUGUAAUUUUGAUUCACACAGAUGUACUUUUUUUUCUUUUCUGAAUUUAGUGAUCUUCUUGCUCUAUAUCUGUAUUUUUUAACACAUUAAUUGCUCUUGAACGCAAGGUGAAUUACCCCCUGUCCUUUAUUAUCUUUUUCUUUUUAUUAUUAUUUAGGGAGCUUCACCUCAAAUGCUAUGUAUGCGUGUAUCUUUCAAGUGUAUAAACUGGAAGAAUGUAUGUACCACUGUCCGGAAGAGCUUAGGUUGCACAUUGAUUGCCAAUAAGGGAGUAUUGUUACUCUCUGAAAUACCCACGGAAUAAAGUUUUAAGAUUAAAUUUAUUAUAGAAAUGUAAAUCUUUAAAUUAUUAAUAAAUGACUAUUUUUGGUUAUUGAAAAGCA